AUGGCUUCAGCCACUUUCGCGGUUAACCCUAACUCACCUUCGAACAAACUCGGAAAUUCAGACGACCUCCCAAAUUCCGCCUCCUCAAGCCUCCGCCUCAACCAUCCGACAGAAAGCGAAACACUUCGAAUCUGGAACCAAACAUCCAACGACUGGAGAGACGCUCUUACAGCCCCACAGUAUCUCGAAGAAUACGCAUACCUCCUUACCGUCCCUCUCGCCCGGAACAACGGCAUCACACAAUGGGUCUUGGUAGACGACAACCAACCAGCCGACAAGCGCACGGUGCUCGCCUCCUGCGAGACAUUUCUCAAGAGAGCCCUGUUUAGUGAUCCGGAUGGAAAAUGCGAAGAAGUAAUCGCACAUGGCAUUGCGAGCGUGUACUGCGAACCCGGGUUGCGCAAACGAGGAUAUGCCUCGCGCUUGCUAAAGGAAUUAAGUAAGACCUUGCCCAACUGGCGGAUCGAUGCUGGGAAAAAAUGCAUCGCUAGCAUGCUUUAUUCCGAUAUUGAUCCUGGAUUCUAUCAGCGACUGGGAUGGAACCCGUUUCCAAGCUACCAUCUCGAGUUUGAGCCCAAGGUGGCACCCCAUGGCGCCACGCCCCUCUACUCGGAGGAUCUAGCUGCGCUAUGUGAGAAAGAUGAAGCGAUACUUCGGUCUUUGCUCUCAAAGCCGUCAACUGAAAGCCAACCUCGAUUCGCGGUUAUACCGGACCACGACCACCUCGUUUGGCACCAUAGUAAGGAGGAAUUCGGCGCCCAAAGGCUCCUCGGCAAGAUCCCGCUAGUCAAAGGCGCUAUUGCUGGUCCACCUGGCAAUCGCGCCUGGGCAAUCUGGACGCAUCGUUUCUACCGGCAUCCUGACAGUGAUUCCUCAGCUAGUAAUACGCUGUACAUUCUCCGAUUUGUCAUGGAGGAUCGAGAACCCGCCGCGGAGGAUGUGCGGGCUAUCCUUCAGGCGGCGCAAACCGAGGCGGCGGAAUGGGGGCUUGGAAAGGUCAAACUAUGGAGCCCGUCAAAGGCAUUGGAGGAGCUGAUCAAGAAAGCUGAUAUUUCCUUCCAAGGUCGAACCAGGACACAGGAAAGUAUACCUUGUCUGCAGUGGUACGGAGAAGGAGAUGGGUUCCCCAAAUCGCUGGACUGGAUUUUGAACGAAAAGUAUGCUUGGUGUUGA